AUGCCCGAGUGGCAACAAGUACAAGCGCGAAACAAGGCGGCCGUCGAUGGUGAUGUGCGCGCCGCCAACACCGUCCACUGGCACUCCACGCUGAUACACGCCGCGCUAACCUGCCACAUGGGCGUGCUGCUGUGGCUGCUGUGCCGGGCCAUGCCGUCCCAGCUGGCCGUGGGCCAAGCGUGCUUGCUCCUGGCCGCCAUCUUCGUAUGCGUACGGCAUCGCUUCACACGGCUCUUCAGCUUGCUCGCUACCGUCGUUGGAACCACCGCGCUCGUGCACGGGCUGCUCGAGUGCGGCGUUCUGUACACGCAGGCCAUUGCGUUGGGCGCUGCGACGACCGCCACGGGCCUGCACACGCUGGCGCAGCUCCGGUCACGUGCCCUCGCCCAAGUGGGACUUCUGGUAUGUUUCUGUCUGGUACAAGUUGCCAACCUGACGCUGUACAUCAGCGGCUUGCCGCUAUCGUCCCAGCGAGACUGGGCGUUGGUCAAGAAAUACAGUGCUGACGACGACGACGACGACGACGACGACUAUUACAACAGCACUAUGGAUAUCGAGCACGUGUGA